GCCACCUCGGCAGAGCUGGGCUGCAGCGCCGAGCUCGCAGUACUCGCGCGCAGAGGCGUCGGAGCCCACACAGCUAUGGAAGCCGCAGCUGUCUUGCCUAGAUGCCUCCAGCUGAGGCUGCUGCUGGUGCUGCUGCUGCUGGUUUUGCUUCGGGCUGGUCCUGUGUGGCCCGACAGUAAGGUGUUCAGUGACCUGGACCAGGUGCGGAUGACCUCGGAGGGCUCUGACUGCCGCUGCAAAUGCAUCAUGCGACCGCUGAGCAAGGAUGCGUGCAGCCGGGUGCGAAGUGGGCGCGCACGAGUCGAGGAUUUCUACACAGUGGAGACACUGAGCUCAGGGGCCGACUGCCGGUGCUCCUGCACCGCCCCGCCCUCCUCACUCAACCCCUGUGAGAACGAGUGGAAGAUGGAGAAACUGAAGAAGCAGGCACCCGAGCUCCUCAAGCUGCAGUCUAUGGUGGAUCUCCUGGAGGGUGCCCUGUACAGCAUGGAUCUGAUGAAAGUACAUGCCUACAUCCAGAAGGUGGCCUCGCAGAUGAAUACGCUGGAGGAGAGCAUCAAGACCAACCUGAGCCUGGAGAACGAGGUGGUGAAAGACAGCGUACGUCACCUCAGCGAGCAACUGAAGAGCUAUGAAAACCAGUCAGCCAUCAUGAUGAGCAUCAAGAAGGAGCUGUCUAACCUGGGCCUCCAGUUGCUGCAGAGGGAUGCGGCUGCCAUCCCUGCCAGUGCCCCAGCCUCAAGCUCCGACAACAAGGCUCAGGACACAGCUGGAGGGCAAGGUAAAGAGCUCAAUAAAUAUGGCGGCAUACAGAAGAGUUUCUCAGACAAGAGCCUCGCAAAGCCUCCCAAGGAGAAGCUGCUGAAGGUGGAGAAGCUGAAGAAGGAGACCAUCAAGGGCAGAAUACCCCCCCACCCCACCGCCAGGCCACGAGCUUUAGCUCAGCAGCAAGCCGUGAUCCGAGGCUUCACCUACUACAAGGCGGGCAGACAGGAGGCCAGACAGGAAGCGCCCAAGGCUGCCGCUGACAACACCCUCAAAGGUGCUUCCUGGCUGGAGAAGUUACCACCCAAGACAGAGGCCAAGCUUCCGGAGCCUAACUCUGCCAAACAUGAUGACAUCAGGCUGCAGGCUUCAGAGGGAGCCAACUUGGCCCCUGAUUUCUCCACCACCACCACCACCACCACUACAACCACCACUACCACCACCACCACCACCCCAACCCCUAUCACCACUCCCUGGCCCACUGAGCCCCCUUUGCAUCCAGAAGUCCCCAGCCAAGGUCGGGAGGACAGCUGUGAGGGCACGCUCCGAGCUGUGGAUCCCCCUGUGAAGCAUCACAGUUAUGGGCGCCACGAGGGAGCCUGGAUGAAGGACCCUGCAGCUCCAGAUGACAGGAUCUAUGUCACCAACUACUACUACGGAAACAGCCUGGUGGAAUUUCGAAACCUGGAAAAUUUCAAACAAGGCCGGUGGAGUAAUAUGUACAAGCUGCCCUACAACUGGAUAGGCACAGGCCACGUUGUGUACCAGGGUGCCUUCUACUACAACCGUGCCUUCACCAAGAAUAUCAUCAAAUAUGACCUGCGCCAACGCUUUGUGGCCUCCUGGGCUCUGCUGCCCGAUGUGGUCUAUGAGGAUACCACACCCUGGAAGUGGCGUGGCCACUCGGACAUUGACUUUGCUGUGGAUGAGAGUGGCCUGUGGGUCAUCUACCCAGCCAUGGAUGAGCAUGGCGAAACACAGCAUGAGGUGAUUGUGGUGAGCCGCUUGGACCCUGCAGACCUCUCUGUGCACCGGGAGACCACAUGGAAGACGCGGCUGAGGAGGAACUCCUAUGGGAACUGCUUUCUGGUGUGCGGCAUCCUCUACACGGUGGACACUUACAACCAGCAUGAAGGCCAAGUGGCCUAUGCGUUCGAUACCCACACCGGCACUGAUGCUUACCCACAGUUGCCCUUCCUCAAUGAAUAUUCCUAUACCACCCAGGUUGACUACAACCCCAAGGAGCGGGUGCUCUAUGCCUGGGACAAUGGCCACCAGCUCACCUACACUCUCCACUUUGUCGUCUGAAUGGGGACCCAUGGUCACAAAGGAGGGCAGCAGAAGAGAAGGGGCUAUCCUUAGCAACCCCUGCAAUUGAUAUAAGUAUCAGUUGGGGGUGUCCUGGGCUAGGUAUUGGCUUUGAUGGCUUUGAGUACUUUCUUAGUGCCCAGUAGGUGACACUUGCACAGCAAUGCUGUGCUAGGAGCUUUUCCUGCGCUUACCCUUUUGACUCUUUCUACUUCUUCCCUUGAAGGCAGAGGUUCCUAAGCCCAUUGAACAGAUGAAGUGACUAAAGCCCAAAGGAGCAGCAUUCCAGAUGGGCAGGCUACGUCCUCACAGUAGCCACAUUUGACAGAUGAGAAUCCCUCCUCCAGUCCCCUUCCAGGGCUCUGCAGAGCCUGAGGUCUUUGGGACCUAUGCAGUGGUGUCCUGCAGCUCCAGGCCUCUCCUCUGACUGAAUGCUGGUAACCUUGAGCUUAGAGCUUCUUGACCUAUGGUCAGCCCCUGUGCUCUCUUGCUCUUCUGUCUAACCACAUUCCAAAAGUUCAUCAUCACAGACACUAAGCAGUCACUGAAGCAAAUGCUGGCCAGGUCCAUGGCCCUUCCUCUGUAGCGACUUCUUGUCCCUAUGUUCCUUGCACAUUUUGCAGCAGAUGGGAAGAUAUAGGCAGCUAAGCUCUGGCAGUGUUGGUGCUGGCCUGAGCUUCCCCCCAUUUCAACUCCUCUACCAGAAGUCCUCGCCUUGGCCAUCCACUAGGCCUCGGCUCCUUCCUUAGCCCUUCCCAAAGCCUUGGGCCAGGGGCCUUUUCUGGGCCUUGAAAGCUAUUCUGUCCACACUCAGGGAUUGCUAAGAGUAAGGCCUUUGUCCCCAGAGAGGGUGGCCACAAGAUGGAACAGGUUCUGUUUCCCUUGUUGAUCGAAGUCUGGUCAUUUGGUGGGUUGAUUCAGCAGCCUGGGAAUCUGAGGGAGACAGGACAGCAGGGUUCAGAGGAGACUUCUCAGUUCGCAGGACAAAACCCGGAGGUAGAGGCAGGGGAGGGUAGACUGCGGUCUCAGCACCAGGAUUUUCUUUGAGAUGGGACUUGGGUUUGUGGACACACAACUGAACAUAUAUAAGCUACCUUAAAAUAGGAUUGGCAGCUAGCUGUCCUGGUACGGCUUGUGGCCCUCAGAGCCUUCAGACCCAGAUAGCCCUGAGAACAAGACCUUGCAAGCCAGCCUAUGGCAGCUUUGGGCAUUCUUUUUAAAGCUGGAGGGAAGUUCUUUUUCCCAUCUUGUUUUACCAAAGAAAAUAUAGGUCCCAAUGGUUCUAGGGUAUGGACGGAGUCAUACAGUGCGAGGUACAGCUGAUCUCCUUUGGAAAAGCCCUAUACUGAGACAGCUCUGCCUGCAAAAAACAACAGAUCCCCAGUACCUUGAAGGUGUCUACUGCUGCCCCUGGACCCUGGACACUUCCUUGUGCCCUGUGCCCGCUCCUAGGAUACCCGCAGUGAAAUAUGAACCAAUUUAUGAAAUCCCGCUGUGCAGUACUCUGUAGAGCGAUUCAGGUUCUGUGCAGCCUUGCUGUCUUCUGGACAUUGUUGGGAGAUGUUUUACUUAAGGAACAACUCCCUCCUGAAAUAAAGAGGGACAGUGGUAGCCAGCCCAGCCAGGUCUGACUCACAGUGGUAGCCACAUCCAGCUUCCCCCACCCAGCUGACCACCACAGGCUACUCCUCCAGCCUCUUCAGAGAACUUGGAGGCCCCGGCCUUCCCCUUGGCCCUGGGUGUGGGUCUUUUCAAGACUCUGUGUUUUGUGAUGUCAUAGUCCAACCAUGUGAGAGGUGCUCAGGCAACAGCCUGAGUAGAGGGAACGCUAGGACACACUGGUUUUGAAAAGUAAACAUGUGGCAUAGUUUCCUGGGGUGGGACACAGGGCCUCAAUUGUCCUCAAGUGUCCUCCAGGCCCCUUCAGGCCUUUGUGUGUUGUAUGGUAAACACAGUUCAUUUCCUCACUUGUAAACGGUCAUACCGGAUGCCAAGUAACUCACUUGUCACAUAGGCUGGUAAUGAAAGAACCAGGCUUCCAAAUCAGGUAAGCUGUCACUGUCAUCUGGAAACCAUCAGUGUGCUGGACAUACUGUGGAAAGUAAACUACAAAAGGCGCCAUGGACAGGUGAGGACAAUGACAGGAAUUUACUCAGGAUCACACAAGCAAUGUGGUCUGGGGCAAGGCUAGGGGUUCAAGGCUCAUCAGAGCAUGUUUCCUGCUGUCAACAAAUUCCAAAAGUUUGCUGGUAGUUGCAGUCAGUCAAGAUGGCCUGGGCAAGAGCUCCCCAAAAGGCCCGGUUCUACAAAGCUUUGAACACCAAGCCAAGGAGGGCCACAUCUAGCCUUGUCUAGGACACAACUGAGUCAAUUAACAGAGCCAAGGAAAUUCCAACAGUUUCUAAUUAGAUUUUGUCCUAUUGGUAAUGAGAAACAUGCAAGGGAUUUUGCUAAGGAGCCUGAAUCUGCCAAUCUGUGAACUCUAAAGGAGACCCCAGCUCCCACUACCACACACACAAACACACACACACUCACAGACACCUAUGCACACUUACCACAUACAUGCCACACAUAUACACACUAUGCACAUCUUUACACACAUACACUUCUCACAUCCCACACGAACACAUGUGUGCACUCACACAUACCUUGGGUAGCAUUUUUCUGGGGAAUAGAUACUUCAUAGAAGGAGGGAUCUGGACUGUACAGAACUGCCCCCGACCUUUCUAUAAGGACAGAGCAUCCUGCACCUCUGAACAGCUCUACAGGUGAAUGGGCUUUGGCUUCCAUCACUGAUUCCUCUCUGGAGGUUGCCAGGCCUUGAGUGGUGCUGGGCACAACUCGGGACCCAGUAGAGAAUCUUAUUCUCCCUCCUGCAUUGAAGAUCCAGCACUGUGUGACUGUCAGAGUCCUAGGUGCAGGGGAAUUGGGAGCCCGGGUUAGUUUCCAGUUGGCCUCCUUCUCAGGCUGAGUAGGGGUAUUAACUCCCUCACAGAAGUGGGACUAAGGCUUAGUGAGAACACAAGACCUUAGGAGACCUCACAGCACUUCCCAGAACUGGAAGUCACUUUGACCUGCAGUCUAUACUAACCCACCUUGGAAUCCCCAAUUGGCAGUGUCUUCUCUCAUUAUAGGUUAUGAACCUCGAGUUCAGAGAAAUUGAGCUAUUCGGUCAGGGUCCGGUACCUGGCAUAUGGAGGUGAGAUUCGAACUAGGUCUCUUUAAACCAAAGCCCCCAGCUAACUGUUGAAGUAGUCAUGUUUUUGUUUUUGCUUUCGUGGUUUAGAACAAUAGGAAGCUCAACGACAAGUUUGAGAUUAUUUUAAAUGCUUAUAUGGAGUUUAACCAGCUUCAUUCUAGCUCUUUGCAUGUACCUUUACCCCGAUUUAUUUUUAUUCUACUGUAUUUUUUAUACUGUAUUUUUUUGUAAGGUGCCACAAGAUCUUUUUGCAACAGGGUAGCAUAUACAUAAAUAAAACCCAUGACUAUAGCUGGAUGUGGUGGCUCAGGCCUUUGGUCCAUGUGCCUGGGAGGCAGGGGCAGACAGAUUUCUGAAUUCAAGGCCAGCCUGGUCUACAAAUCAAGUUCCAGGACUCCCAGAGCUACACAGAGAAACUAUCUCAAAAAGAAAAAGAAAAAUGUACUGAAAGCUUUAUUUAAACUCUUAAGCACUGUGGACUACAACCUUGGGUAUAGCUCCAUGUCAGAGCGCUUGCCUAGUGUGUAUGAGGGCCUGAGUCUGGUUCCCAGCAUCAAGCAUCAAUCAAUAAAUAAAGUGUUUCUGGGUCGGUAUA